AUGUGUUAUUGUAAAUGUUUUCCUUGUUACAGAUCAUUUGGGUACAAGCACGUCCUCCAGAACCACGAAAGGACGCAUACUGGUGAAAAACCAUUUGAGUGUCCUGAAUGUCACAAACGAUUUACAAGGGACCAUCACCUUAAAACGCAUAUGCGACUGCAUACGGGAGAAAGACCUUACAGAGUGAUAUAUGUAUCUAUUGGGUAUAAUCUAGACAUUAACUUGUGUUCCAGAUGUGACCAUUGUGAUCGACAGUUUGUACAAGUAGCUAACUUGAGGCGACACCUAAGGGUUCAUACUGGUGAAAGACCCUACAACUGUGAACAUUGCAACGCAAAAUUCUCGGACUCCAACCAGCUCAAAGCCCACAUACUCAUACAUACCAACGAGAAACCAUUCUCGUGCGACAGGUAA